AUGACAAUAGAUUCAACAACUGAGUAUGAAAAGUUCUUUGAGAUGUUCUUGCUGUUAAAUAGGCCAUGUAUUUUUACUAACUUUGUAACACAGAACUGGAAUUGCAGGAAAGAGUGGGUUACCUCAUCGGGACAACCUAACUAUAAAUUUCUAAAGCAGGCUUUUGGUCAUAUCACAGUGCCUGUUGCAAACUGUGAUCAAGAAGAAUAUUCAGCUCAACCAAAAGAAGAAAUGAAGUUCACUGAUUAUAUAGAUUAUUUAGUUGAUUAUAAAAAUAAUAGCUACCCAAACCAUGGCAGAUGUUUAUAUCUUAAAGAUUGGCAUUUUAGGGGAGAUUGUCCAGAAAAUAAAGCAUAUGAAACUCCUGUAUAUUUUAAAUCAGAUUGGUUAAAUGAAUACUGGGAUGUUCGUGGAGGUACUGAUCAUGAUGACUAUAGAUUUGUGUAUAUUGGACCAAAAGGUUCAUGGCAAGUAUUGACACCUUUUCAUGCUGAUGUGUUCAGAUCAUACAGUUGGUCAGCCAAUAUAUGUGGUCGCAAGAAAUGGAUCUUCUUUGCUCCAGGUGAAGAAGAAAAAUUAAGAGAUAAAUUUGGUAAUCUAAUCUAUGAUGUGACACAGCCUAUAAAUCAUGAAAAAUAUAAUCUGGCAUCACAAAUUCAGUCUAGAUAUGAAAUAAUACAAGAAGCUGGUGAAGUUAUAUUUGUGCCCAGCGGUUGGCAUCAUCAAGUUAUUAAUCUGGAAGAUACAAUUUCUAUCAACCAUAACUGGUUAAAUGGUUGUUGUAUAGAGAACUGCUGGAAUUUUAUUAAAUCUUCGUUAUUGGAUGUAGAAAAGCAAAUCUCAGAUUGUCUUGAUAUGGAAAAUUGGCAUCAACAUUGUCAGAUGAUUUUAAAAGCCAGCAGUGGUAUUGACUUUACUGAAUUUUAUAUGUUUAUGUCUACAAUAGCUCAUCAUAGAAUA